UCUAAAUUUAAAGACUCGUACAAUCCAACGAAAAAAACAGAAAGAAAGAGUGAACUGAAAUGAAGAAGUGAGGAAUCGCGAACCCUGAAACCCAACUUUUACUUGCCAAGACAAGAUGAACAUUCAAAAAUUAAUCAAUUGAAGUAAGACAUGAUGAUGAUGAUGAUGCACUCUCACACUUUCUUGCUUCUCGUAUGAAUUACAUCCCUACUGUACCAGUCGACAUGGAAGAGCCACAAGCGUAGUGUUUACCGACGUGGGUAAAGCUGAAAAAAAGUGAAGAGUAAAAUCUACAGGAAUCAAUGGAGGAAAAUUCAGAAAACCAAAAUUCUACUGAGCAUUUACCAAAGAGCGAUGGCGAAUUUGAUCCAAAAACUAUGCGGAAAGCUAAACCAGGUAUCAAGCGUUUGAUUAUGGUCCUAACAGUUCUUUCUUCGUUCAUCCUAGGAUUUCCAUUUCUACUCAAAACAAUCGAGAUUUAUCGGUCUCCAUUACCAUUUCAUGACAUUGAUUCAUUAUCAAGCACUCUGCAAUCAAAUCCAUUACACAUUCCAUGUAGAUUUCAAGUUAUUUAUUUAGGUUUCGAUGCGGAAAAAAAAUUAGGUGCGCAGAAAUUAGGGUUUAUGAUUAGUGAACUAAUGACGAAAUUAACUGGGGGCGAUCCAGUUUGUGGUGGUUGUGGGAAAGACUAUGCUGUUUCAGUUACAGUCGCAUCAGGUAAUGUGUGUAAUCAAAAUUUGAAUGAUGGGGAUUCAUGUUUCUGGCGAUGUGGGAUGAUAGAUUUAUCGGUUAAUUUAAAUGGUAAUGAUGAGGGAAUUGAUGAAAUGUUUCAUUCAAUAUUGAGUAGAAAUGAGAAUUGUGAGAGUUCUGGUGGAAAGGUUUAUAGUGUUGUGGUAGUGAACAAGGAAGAUGAUGAUGUUGAUGGGGUCAGAGUUGUGGUUGGGAAACAUCGACAUGCUUGGUUGGUUGGGAAAGUUGAAGAAAUGGGUGCAGUUUCUAGUAUUGCCAAUGUUUUUGUGAAGUUUUUUAUGAAUGGUGGGAAAGAAGAGGGGAUCUCGAAAAAUGAGUUUAUGCCUGUGGGUGCUGAUGGAAGGGUUGUUCUAUCAUUUAGUCUUUUGAAUGCUAAUCCACAAGAUUGGAUUUAUGACUGGUACAAAAUAAGAAAGGAUUUUCAAAAAAUAGAUGAGGAUCUGUUGGCCCCUGUGGUGGAGGCUUUGGCACCUAUUGCAAAUGUAACUGUAGAAAGUCAGGUUCUAUACCACACGCCAAAGUCAUCAUUUUCUUAUUGGGACGCAAAGUUGUCCAGCUAUGUCUUUAGAACUAAAGACCUUCCUUUCUUUGUUAAUUCAAAUGAAUGGCACCUAGAUACUUCUAUUGCGGCUGGUGGACGGUCAAAAGUUUUGCAAUUUGUGGUAUAUGUACCAUCCGCUGAAGAAUGUCCGCUCCAGUUACAACUUCCAUCAGGCAAAAUUUCCACAACAAAUGGAUUUAUAUCCCCAAUGUGGGGUGGUGUUAUUGUCUGGAAUCCCCCAAGAUGCUUCAGGAGCUCCAAAAGUAUGCAGCCUCAGAAGCAUACAUUGACCUCUGAGGAUCUCCAGGAACUCCUCGAGGUGUCCUUGGGGCAGCUUCGGCAGCUUUUUGGUCUGAAAUCCAACAAUCUUUAUGUUGGUGAGUCAGGCAUGUCAAGUGUUUUAUCUAGUGAAAGAGGCUUUACGGAAUGGGAGUUGGACGCAUUAUCUAGGCAGCAUACUUGUUUUAAUCUUCAUUCUUGUGCCACUACUCUUGGAUCUCUUUCCAGAUUGGUUCAGUCACUUCCAAGGAUGAUAAUUAAGGAUGAAAUUGGGAAACAGGUUAAGUUUUCACUUGAAGCUGCAAAUCUGGCUCAAACAAAUGCCUCUUCUGGAAUAUAUGAAGCUUCGGCUGUCUCUUCAAGACAAGCAAGGGCUUUGGCAGAGGAUGCAUUCUUUCAUCCAUCGAUCAUGUCAAUCAGUUACUACUCGUUUGAGCAUUGCUUUGCUGUUUACACGAAUGGAGACGGUAUAAACAAGAGCGCACAAAGUAUUUCACGUGGAUCUCCAAGACAAAAGCAGAAUAACUGCGUAUUUGAUGAUUUCCCGUGUUCCAAGGAAAAAACAAAAAACACUGCGAAUUGAUAAGAUAUCCACGACCAUCUGUAUUGUUCUUGAAAACAUUCACGUGAUCAGCUUGGGCCGUGCAGGUUCAGAAGCCGGCAUUGUUUUGGUUCUAUAAUCGAGGUUCAGGUUCUGCAGUUAAAGCCGUUUCUUUUGAUUCAAGGUGUUUCUCUGAAACAGUUUCUUUUUUAUCUCAGUGUAGUCUAGUUUUCUGUGUACGAUCAUAUGUAGGAAGUCUGUGAAUUAUUGGAAAACACUAGGACACAAAUUCUUAUUUCUUAGAUGUUUCUAAUGUAAAUGGAUUGCUCAAUUUUUACUUAUACCCAAA